AUGACUACUACAUCUAGAUAUUUAAAGCACAAGGCAGAUCGCUCAACUCUCUCUUUUAGACGAAAAGGUCUUAUCAUAUUGUUGGCUUUGAUCUUCUUCUUCGGGACUUGUUCAGCAAAAAGAGGGAGUCACAGGGGAGGAAAUAAUAGGCCAGGAAAUACCAAUACAGGGUCUAAAAAGACAGCAAAGAAUGAUAAGCCUACUUCUGGGGAUAAAAACGUCUCGAGCCAAGUCGCAGCUUUGACAGCAGAAGUGAAAGCUAUGGACGGCUUCGUCGCCAAACUCACUUCAGGCAAAGAUGCAAAAUCUUUGAAAGCCGCAGCAGAGGGUGGCAUCCGCUCGGAGCACAAACAGAAUUCUCUCCGAGCUAGUCUAGCCAAGGUGGGAAAUGUCCCUGGCGAUUUGAAGACCAUCAACGGGCUCAUUGAUCAAAUCAUUCAAACACCUGCAGGUGCAUCAAGGCUGGCUAAAGAUAUCACAGAAAUCCGCGGCAGAGCCAAACCAAGUAAGGAUCUUCUCUUCAUCCACAUCUCCUUGUCAUCAACACGAAUCAUAGACGCAGCUACCAAAAACGCGGGUAGUGGAACAAACCAGUCGGGCAAUAAACCAAAACCGCACCACUGA